CUCAAAAGUUGUCGACAUCCUCACGGCCAUAGCAUUCGCCUACUUCGCAACCGCACCGCCAUGGACGAAGCAGAGUCAUCAUUGGGACGUGGAAAUUUCAAGCACAUCGGCAACAAGGCCAAGCGACAGGCAGAGUACCGCAAAUACCGCGCUGGCAAGCGCAAGGAUAAGCUCGCGAGGAGAGUCGCACAGGCAAAGGAAGAGAAGGGCGCUGAUGGUCAGGAGAAGAAGAGGGCUCGUCUCGCUGAAAAUCGCACUCGUACCAUCGAAAACACUCGUCUCGAGAACCCCACGAUCAUUUCGGAGCCCAAUUCCCAUCCUGGUCUCAAGCCCUCACAAGCAGUCAUCGAUGCUCAGCAGCAGGCAUCCGGGAGCUCGAAGCCCAAAGACAAGACUGACGAUGAAGAUGGAGAUGACGGCGACGAUGCCGAAGAAGAGGUCGAUGAAGCCGCCCUCGCCGCCGAGGAGGAACGAGCCUUCGAAGACGCCUCCGCACCUCCGGCCAUCCUCAUCACCACUUCUGCCCCUUCCUCAUCUACUUCCCCACACCUUGCAUCAGUGAAUGCCCGCUCACACCCAGCAGAACGCACCCGCGACUUCAUCGAGGAGCUGCUCAAUAUGUUUCCCGGCGGGGAGUACAGGCCACGCGCCAAGGCCAAGGGCGCCAGCCUGGGCAAGAUUGCAGGUUGGGCAAGAAAGAGGGGCUACAAUGCCAUGAUCGUCAUUGGCGAGGACCAUAAGCAGCCGACAAUGUGGACGCUCAUCGGACUGCCGGAGGGACCUACGGCCGUAUUUCGCCUCACAAGCGUUAGACUGGGCAAGGAGAUCGGUGGUCAUGCCCGAUCAACGCCUCAUAGCCCGGAGCUCAUCCUCAACAACUUCACCACAGCUCUUGGUCACUCGGUCGGCUCUCUGCUUCAGUCUCUCUUUCCUUCGAUUCCUCAGCUUGAGGGUCGCCAAGUCCUUACCGCACACAACCAACGCGACUUCAUCUUUUUCCGCAGGCAUCGCUACGAGUUUGCGCUGCGCAAGGGGGAAGAGAAGGCGAGGUUGCAGGAGAUUGGUCCGCAGUUCACGGUAAAACUUCGCAAGCUGAUGCCCAGCUUGCCCAAGGGGGCUGGAGGGUGGGAUGGCGUGGUUGACUUUGAUGGAGAUGGUAGCGGGGCAGUCAUGGACAUGGGUGGCGGCGGGGAGGCUGGAGCUGAGGCCGCCGAAGCGGCGCCGAAGUCGAAGCGGGCGCGAGGCCAAGUCGAGGAAACGACGAGCGAGUUCACAUGGAAGCCAAAGAUGGGAGUGUCAAGACGAAACUUCUACCUCUAAUGUUCACCGCUUCUUCCACCGAGU